CCAUCAGCCAAAUAAUACCUUUCCCCAUAAAUGAGUUUACAUCUGUGAAGUAUGCGCGUCUAGAAAUUGCAUUCUACCAGAAAAAGAUUCCAUCUAAUCUCUGAAUAGCAAAGAUUAAUUAUUAAAUAAUUAAAAAAACUAGGUAGUUGGUCAAACAAGGAGAACCCCGAAUUGUUCCUGUCUGUUUCCGUUUACACACAAUUGUGCGUCAUCUGGAGCCAUGGCCUUGUAAUGAACUUUACAGGGCAGAAGUGACAGCAUUGUGUAAAUUCAGUCGGGCGCAAUGGGAUUCGACCUCUCGAUCUUGCUUCUGGUGUUUCUUCUUUUUCAGGGAUGUGUUUGCGAUGAUAUAGCCAACGAUGAUUACACGGGUCCCACGUCCACCGGCUGCAACAAUACAUUUCAACUGGUAAAACUAAACAACUGGAUAGAUGGUGCAAAAGCAAGAAGCCUAGUUGGUGUGAGUGCCAGAUUUGGCACUCCUUUACCACAUGAAGAAAAUGAAGCUCAUCGGAUGACUCUUAUUGAGGCAAAUCCUCUUAAUUGCUGCGAGAACUCUUCAACAAAGCUAUCAGGAUCAGCUGCAUUUUCUAAGAGAGGAGAAUGUGCUUUCACUACAAAGGCAAAGAUUGCAGAAGCAGGGGGAGCAGUGGCCUUAAUUGUAAUGAAUGAUGAAGAAGACCUUUAUAAGAUGGUUUGCACUGAAAAUGAUACUUCAUUGGUCAUCAAGAUUCCUGUGGUUAUGAUCCCGGCAUCAGCAGGGCAAGAACUUCAAGAUCAUUUAGCUGCAGGCAAAAAGGUGGAAUUGCAACUCUAUUCACCCAAUCGACCAGUUGUGGAUUUGUCUGAAGUUAUCUUGUGGAUGAUGGCUGUUGGGACCAUAGUAUGCUCUUCAAUAUGGGCAAAAUUUGUUGCGAAUGAAGAACCUGAUGAUCACUAUAAGCGGUUGUCAAUAAAGGAAACGUUGGGAGAUAUAUCUGCAAGCAAAGCUGCAAUGGAGAAGGAUGUUGUGCAAAUAAGCACCAAAGCAGCUGCCUUUUUCAUACUAGUAUCUUCAAUUUUUUUGAUGCUGCUCUAUUUCUUUAUGUCUCAGUGGAUCAUCUGGAUUCUUAUUGUUCUUUUCUGCAUUGGCGGCAUUCAGGGCUUGUAUGUUUGUUUGAUGUCUUUACUUUCAAGGCCAUUAAGCCGCUUUGCUGAUAUGAAAAUGAAGGUUCCCAUUAUGGGGGAGGUCUCCUUGCUAUCGGUGGCACUUUUGCCUUCUUGCAUCGCUUUUGCAGUUUUUUGGGCUGCAAAACAACAUGCUUCCUAUGCGUGGAUCGGACAAGAUGUUCUAGGUAUAUCUUUGAUGAUCACGGUUCUCCAAAUAGCACGGUUGCCAAAUAUCAAGGUGGCAGCUGUUCUGUUAAGCUGUGCCUUCCUUUAUGAUAUAUUCUGGGUGUUCAUAUCACCUCUUAUUUUCAAUGAGAGCGUUAUGAUUGCUGUUGCACGUGGUGAUAAAUCUGGUGGUGAAAAUAUUCCCAUGCUUCUUAGGAUCCCUCGGUUUUUUGAUCCGUGGGGAGGUGAUAAUAUGAUUGGUUUUGGAGACAUUGUUUUACCUGGAUUACUCAUCUGUUUUGCAUUCAGAUAUGAUUGGUCAACACAUAAGGGCCUUUUCAAUGGCUAUUUCUUAUGGUCAACCGUUGGAUAUGGAUUUGGUCUUAUGCUCACGUAUAUUGCCUUGUACCUGAUGGAUAGUGGCCAACCUGCACUGCUUUAUCUUGUUCCAUGCACGCUAGGACUUAUCAUAAUUUUGGCAUUCUUACGGGGAGAACUGAGAGACUUGUGGAAUUAUGGAGAAUGUACACAUUCAAAACCAAGUGAAGAAAUACAGAAUGCCUGAUGCAACUCUUAGUUUGAGUGUAUUCUAAAAUUUAUAUAUAUGAAAAUCUUGUAAGCUAGCUAUAUUUUUUAGUCAACAAUUCUACAGAUAUGCAUGUGUUUCAAAUGGUCCUUUUUAAGUUACAGAUUGCUGUUCUUUUUGUUUCCUGUUCCAAAUGCAUCACCAGAAUCCGUUACUCUUGGAUGCCAGGUAGUAAAUAGAAUUUUGGUUUGACUGGAGCUUUUCCAAUAAUCUCUGGAACAGGCAUUCCUGGUAUUCUAACAUCAAUGUGAUUUGUAUUGUUUACAUUAAGCCUGAGCAAAAUCCAGUUGGCCUAAAUUUGCAGUUUCACAUGAGAAACAGAAAAUGACCACUGUGCUGAAGAGUUUAAUUGAAUGUAUUUUGUCAGUCUCUUAAGAUAAUUUCAUAUUCCACGCCUGCUUCUUUAACAAUCUUUAACAAUCUUUUUUCGAUUCAA